AUGAUGGCCAAGCUCGAUGAGCUGGUGCGAGCAACUCGAGCACAGAAGGACUGCUACGAGCAAAAGAGGCUACGGUGGGUUCGAAAGCUGUGUGAAGCCUUUAGUUUGGAAGCCAUGCUGCCCCGUGGUUGA